GCCCCCUCAGUUGCAGGUCGACGCCUUUGCUUCUUCCACCAGUGCCAUUGAUCUCCAAUAUAUGACUCGAAUUUUGUUUUGUUAAAUACCUUACAUUCUUUUGUUAAAAAGAAAAAGAAAAAGAAGAGCUACAGGCUUUCGUUACACUAUCUCUCAACCAGAAAGAUCAACACACGUCUUACAUCAUCCUUCGUCUGGAUCUCUAACUACUUUCUUGAAGCUAUUGGUCCCCCGGGAGCUUUUCCCCAGACCCGACGUUCCAAUCAUGGCCAAUCCGUCGCAGCUGUUCCUGCUUGCUGAUCAUAUCAAACUCUCAUUACUCGAACGACAGCGAGCCAUAUCGUUAAAUCUCGAGCCAAACACACAAGAUGGGCAAAUAUCCCGAUCAUUAGAUUCUUUCCGAGAAGGUCUCGAAGCAGUAGAAGCUAAACGCAUCGAGCUUGUCGACCACGACGAUCCAACUGCCGAAUCAUGGCAAGACCAAGAAACACGACUCCGCGAACAAUACGAGGACUUGAUGUCCCAAUUCCACGGCGUCGCGCCUGCACGCAAAUCGUCCAUUUCCGAACCCAACGAUCCGGCUCUGGCCGAGGACUUUUCCCACGCAAAACAGAGGCCCAAGCGCCCCGCCGGCGCCCGGGUCCCUUCAUCCUCCUUCAAGCGCUCGACAUCUGGCAGUGGUGGCAACUUGGCCAAGUCUGUCCGCUUCACAGACUCUCCUGCAGCUGGUGGUGAUGAUGAUGAUGAUGCUGCAGACGAAGCCAAUCGCGCCGCGCUGUUUCCUUAUCGCGAUGACCCAGAUGCCCCGCCCGACCAGAGCCACCUUGACAAUCAGCAGAUUCACGCCUACCAUACCCGCGUGCUGCGUGACCAGGACGAUCAGCUGGACCGCCUGGGAGAAAGUAUCGGUCGCCAGAGGGAGCUCAGUAUCCAGAUUGGCGACGAGCUGGAUAGUCAUGUGGCGCUCCUGGAUGAGGUCGAGGAUCAAGUUGAUCGGCAUCAGGGCCGGCUUGAUACGGCGAAGAAUCGGCUUGGCUAUGUUGCACGCAAGGCAAAGGAUCAUGUGCAAAUGACGAUUAUAUUAAUUCUCAUCAUCAUUUUGAUUUUGCUCAUUAUAAUAUUAAAGUAAACGUGGGGUGGGGUACUUGGGCACGCGUCGCGCAUCGGCUGAAGGGAUCAUCUUUGCUAUAUGGGGUCAAUGGGUAUUUUGGAUGGAUGAGCUUUUUCUCUUUUUAUUUUCGAAUCACUCUUAUAUAUAUACACUUUCUUUGAGAGCUUAAAGCCUCUCUAUCAAGGCAGGCGUUUGGCUUCUUUAAUUUUAAUACCAAUCAAGCAUGUCCGGGGUUUCUGACCAGUAUCAACCCCUCUUGCGUUUCGCAUAUCAUUUGACGUCCACUUAAUCUGUUGAUCUAAAGAAAUGGAUUUUCAGAGGCGGGUUUGAAGAAAUGGA